AUGAGUGGCUUACGUGCACCCAACUUUUUACACAGAUUCUGGACAAAGUGGGACUACGCGAUUUCCAAAGUCGUCUUCACGUGUGCCGACAGUUUUCAGUGGGACAUCGGGCCAGUGAGUUCGAGUACGGCGCAUUUACCCGCCAUUGAAUCCCCUACCCCACUGGUGACUAGCCUCUUGUUCUACUUAGUCACAGUUUUCUUGUGGUAUGGUCGUUUAACCAGGAGUUCAGACAAGAAAAUUAGAGAGCCUACGUGGUUAAGAAGAUUCAUAAUAUGUCAUAAUGCGUUCUUGAUAGUCCUCAGUCUUUACAUGUGCCUUGGUUGUGUGGCCCAAGCGUAUCAGAAUGGAUAUACUUUAUGGGGUAAUGAAUUCAAGGCCACGGAAACUCAGCUUGCUCUCUACAUUUACAUUUUUUACGUAAGUAAAAUAUACGAGUUUGUAGAUACUUACAUUAUGCUUCUCAAGAAUAACUUGCGGCAAGUAAGUUUCCUACACAUUUAUCACCACAGCACGAUUUCCUUUAUUUGGUGGAUCAUUGCUCGGAGGGCUCCGGGUGGUGAUGCUUACUUCAGCGCGGCCUUGAACUCAUGGGUACACGUGUGCAUGUACACCUAUUAUCUAUUAUCAACCCUUAUUGGAAAAGAAGAUCCUAAGCGUUCCAACUACCUUUGGUGGGGUCGCCACCUAACGCAAAUGCAGAUGCUUCAGUUUUUCUUCAACGUACUUCAAGCGUUGUACUGCGCUUCGUUCUCUACGUAUCCCAAGUUUUUGUCCAAAAUUCUGCUCGUCUAUAUGAUGAGCCUUCUCGGCUUGUUUGGGCAUUUCUACUAUUCCAAGCACAUAGCAGCAGCUAAGCUCCAGAAAAAACAGCAGUGA